GCGACCAAUCGGGGCGAUGCCUUCGUCUUUCCCGGGGACUCGUGGGGUAACUUGCUCUUGGGAACCAGCACCAUGGCGUCUGGCUGCAGGAUUGGCCCGUCCAUCCUCAACAGCGACCUGGCCAAUUUAGGGGCCGAGUGCCUCCGAAUGCUGGACUCUGGGGCCGAUUAUCUGCACCUGGAUGUAAUGGACGGGCAUUUUGUUCCCAACAUCACCUUUGGUCACCCUGUGGUAGAAAGCCUUCGAAAGCAGCUAGGCCAGGACCCUUUCUUUGACAUGCACAUGAUGGUGUCGAGGCCGGAACAGUGGGUAAAGCCAAUGGCUGUAGCAGGAGCCAAUCAAUAUACGUUUCAUCUCGAAGCUACUGAGAACCCAGGGGCUUUGAUUAAAGACAUUCGGGAGAAUGGGAUGAAGGUUGGCCUUGCCAUCAAACCAGGAACUACAGUUGAGUAUUUGGCACCGUGGGCUAAUCAGAUAGAUAUGGCCUUGGUUAUGACAGUGGAACCUGGGUUUGGAGGGCAGAAAUUCAUGGAAGAUAUGAUGCCAAAGGUUCAUUGGUUGAGGACCCAGUUCCCGUCUUUGGAUAUAGAGGUCGAUGGUGGAGUGGGUCCUGACACAAUCCAUAAAUGUGCAGAGGCAGGAGCUAACAUGAUUGUGUCUGGCAGUGCCAUUAUGAGGAGUGAAGACCCCAGAUCUGUGAUCAACCUGUUAAGAAAUGUUUGCUCUGAAGCUGCUCAAAAACGCUCUCUUGAUCGAUGAAAACAAGGAGUUAAAUGUUUCUGGUCAUGAAGUCUUUUUACUGGAAAACGAGAAUAUUGACUACCAAAUCCUAUCACAAUUGAGGAAGUGCUGCUUUUCUGAGCAAUUAUUCAUUCCAGUGACUAACAUCUAUUUUGCAGAAUGUUCCAAGAGGUUGGAAAUUGGUGUGUAUUGUUACUUUUUUAGUGAUGGAAUUUAAAGAUUAGUGUGAUAAAAUACCAUUUUUACUGGGAAACUUGAUUUUUAUAAAGAGUAAUAUGGCUGUAUUACGGUGUGUCUGAAUGCCUAAGGAAGGCAUGCAUAUUAGCUAUGAAAAAAAAAUGUUUUUUCUCCAUUUCUAAAAAGACUGUUGUUUCUUGGCUGUUUCCUAAAAGCAGGAAAGUCCUUAUGUUUUUCCUGUUUAAUGUCAUUUUUGACGAAUAGAAUGGAACUUAUGAAAAAUCUAAGUUUGAAUGUGGCUGGGAUGGCAUACCAUAUUUUUCUUGUUCCUAAACACCUAUUUGUUACUUUGCACCUUAUAUUUGAUAUAAAAACAAUGGACAAAGUCCAGAGAUUUUCAGGUGGUUGGUUCUAAUAUACAAGCAUAGAUUUUAUCAGGGUGUUUUCUUUGUUAGCUUUGCUGCAUGGGUAGGUUAUUCAGUGCUUUCCCCCACCACCUCACCUUGUUCUUAAUCACACCCACCAUGCUUAAGGACGUGAAAUAAUGUUGUGCUAGCUGUGAGCAGAAUGGAAAGAAAAGUUUCUAUUUGGAAGUAAAAUCGAGUUGAAUCUUGCCUCUUCCCCUUUGUAAGUAUUUGAUCUUGGCAAAUCAAAUCAACUAACUUUUUUGAGCUAUUAACUGAUUUAUACAUUGAAUGUAAUUAUAACAACUGUGCAGAGUUGUAUUGAGCAUUAAAAGAGAUACUAUUAUGUAUGUAAAGCUUCUACUCUUAGAAUUGUAGGAUAGUAGAAUUUUGAGGAUGCUCAGUAUAAAGCUAUCAUUAAGUUUAUGUUUUGUAGGUUAUAAAGUACUUUGAUAUAAUCUCAUUAAAUCAAGUCACUCCUAUGAGUGGUAGGACGGGUAUUUUUGUCCCCAUUUAAAAAAUGAAGAUACAACAAGCAGGCUGAUAGCAUGGAAAGGGUCCUGUAGGGCAUAGGAUUUCUGGUCUGUACUCUUUACAAAUGGAGGCCUUGGGAGUGGAUUAGGUAAAUGAAGCUGCUUUUAUUUAACAUUGUCUUAUUUCCAGUCUAACUUUAUUCUGUAGCAGAACCAGGUGGCUGAGGAUAUUUUGGAACUAUGGAUUUUGACCCUGAGGAUACAUAUUUUAUUAAUCUAAGAUGGAUCAGGUAGGCUAAGAGGUGACAAGGUACAGAGUUAAUCCAUAAACUAAAUAUUUAAAUUGCGUCCCAGAUUGUACUUUGACAACAAAUGUGUCAGCCAUUUUAUUAUUGUAAAUACUCUUGCUAUGUAAUAGAUAUGGCAAGAAGUAACAUGACCAGUGUCAUUAAACUUCUUUAGGCUAUUAUAAGUUUUAAGAAAUAUGAUUUGAAAAAUAAGAACAUUAACACAA